AUGUCGCCUUCCGGAUUCUUGGCUUCAAGGAGCCGUUUAGCUGAGUCAAUAAACAACUUUGGCUUUGUAUUGUACUUGGCAAGCGACUUCAUAGAUGAAGUGCAGAACAUGGAGCGUAAGCUUCAUCUUUUUUCAGCUGCUGGCUUGAAGUGUGUGACCCGAGAAAUCAUCAUAUUAUGUCUCGUUGAGAAUCUGCCUGGGCUUGUGUUUAUCGCCGUUUGCACUGGCCAAGGCUUGGUAUUCGAUAACGAGUACCCGGUAGAAUAUUCGCAGGCCUUGAAUGAAAGCUGA